GCGAUCGCUGGAUGCAAUGAAAUGUUGUAGGGGAACUGGAUGUCGGGGAGGCAGUCAACCCAAUCCUUCUUAUCCGGAUGGAUGAGCGUACGAAACAUCAUUUGAGCGGUUUGAUGUGCCCGCUCCGUUUGCCUGUCCGUUUGUUGAUGCUGAGCCAAACUCGGUUUCAUUUCGGUGCCGGAUUCCUGCAUGAGGGAAGUCCAAAAUGCCGACAUGAAGUGAGUGUCGUGAUCGCUAACGAUGUCUUUCAUAACACUGUGGCUGCAAAUCCAGCGGGUGUGCAAGAGGCGCGCAAGCUCGGGAGCCGUGGCGUAGUACUUGCAAGGGAGAAAUCACGCGUAUUUACUCAAUCGGUCAACGACCGUGAGGUUGUUGUCGUACCUGAGGCGGUCGUGGGGAAACGGGCCGGUGACGUCCAUAGCAAUGGAGAGGCCGGGUUCCUGUGGGAUGGGCAACGGGCGCAAUUCGCCGUGCGGAUUGCGAUUGCGGGGCUUGCUGCGUCGGCAAACUUCGCAAGAGUCGCAAUACCGAGUGACGUCUGUAAUGAUGUCGGGCCACCGGAAUCGUUGCCGAAGUCUUGCGAUUGUUCGGUAGACUCCAAAGUGUCCGGCGAGUCGCGAGUCAUGGUACUCACCGAGGAGGUGAGUCCGGAGGUGACGGUCUUGUGGGACGCAUACAGCCCGUGCUCUGAGCCGAUAUUGUACUCCGUCAACGGUUCGAGUUCGGACAACGGUGCGAGUUCAGGGACCGGAUGGUACUUUGGUGAUGCCGACAUCCCGAAUGGCAUAGUGACUCCUAAUGGAUGCGAUCAUCUUGCUUCGGAGAAUGUUCCGAAUGCCUUGCAUCAAAAUGGAGACCAGGCUGUUUCAAAUGGCUUCGAGGACGCAGUGCGGCUCGUUGAAAAUGUUGGGGCUUCUCAUCGCCACUCGACGAGUUAUUUAUGGCGAGCUGAGGUGAAUGCACGAUCAAGGAGAGAAGGUUGUCAGGGUAACACAACAAAGAAGAAACAAUUCGACAGCGAACUCGCUUCGGAGAAUGUUCUGAAUGCCUCGCGUCAAAAUGCAGACCAGGGUGUUUCAAAUGGCUUCAAUGAUGCGGCGCAGUUGGUCGAAAACGGUGGGCCCCUAACUCGAGCUGAGGUAAAUGCAGGAUCGAGGAGAGAAGGUUGUCCGGGUAACACAACAGGUUGUCCGGGUAGCACAACAAAAAAGAAACAAUUCGACAGCGAACUCGCUUCAGAGAAUGCUCUGAAUGCCUCGCGUCAAAAUGCAGACCAGGGUGUUUCAAAUGGCUUCAAUGAUGCAGCGCAGUCGGUCGAAAAUGGUGGGCCCCUAACUCGAGCUGAGGUGAAUGCAGGAUCAAGGAGAGAAGGCURUCSGGGUAACACAACAGAGAAGAAACAAUUCAACAGCGAACUCGCUUCGGAGAGCUUUGUGAAUGCCGCGCGUCAAAAUGCAGACCAGGGUGUUUCAAAUGGCUUCAAUGAUGCGGCGCAGUUGGUUGAAAAUGGCGGGCCUUCUCAUCAGCAUUCGGCGAGUCAUGCAUGGCGAGUUGAGGUGCGUGGAGGAUCAAGGAGAGAGGGUUGUGAGGGUAACACAACAAAGACGAAUGGGAAGAGUCGUUCAGAACAAUCUGGCACUGAAUAUGGCGAUGAUGCGUAUGAAGGUGAUGACACUGGCGUUGGCGGGGGUCAUCAUGCUGAUGACAAUCAUCGUGCUUGUAAUGAUGAGGUGCCAAGCUGUAUGGAGGGAUGUGUUACCACCUUGCUUCAGGGACUGGGCGAAGACGUGGGGAGAGAGGGCCUGCUGAGAACUCCAUUUCGUGUUGCGAAAGCACUUCAGUUUUUCACCGAAGGGAUUGUCACGUCGUGGUCGGUUUGCAUUGGCAAUGCUGGGAGGAAGCAGCACUGGGAGAGAUUGCUUGAUGAGAGAUCUUGUUCAAAGGAGCGGGGAGACGAGGAGCACCGUUGGGCACUGGCUCGAUAUAAUGAUGAUAGCGAUGAUGAUGAUGAUGAUGAAGAUGAUGAUGAUGAUGAAGAUGGUGAUGAUGAUGAAGAUGGUGAUGGUGAUGUCAGUAAUGAUGAUGAUGAUGAUGAUGAUGAUGAUGAUGGGUAUGGACAGACAGCAAAGGAUGUCAUUGGGACAGCAUUGUUCCGUGAGGAAGUGGCAGUGUCGGCAGAAGGGGGUAGUUGUCACGGGUGUGAAGGAGUUGUAGUUGUCCGGGACAUCGACCUAUCCUCUAUUUGUAUUGGCUGUCUUUCGCCACUCAGAAUCAGAUGUCAUGUUGGUUAUGUGCCUUCUAAGCACCAAAUAGUAGGUCUCAGCAAGCUGCCACGGAUAGGCGAAAUGUGUGCAAGGCGCUUGCAGAGCCCAUGGCGAAUGGCCGAUAACCUGGCCGAAAGUGUGCAUUGUGUGGUUCCCAGCCAUGGAGUUGGAGUGGUCGUAGAAACCUGGCACCUUCGCAGCCCAGGCUCCUUACUCUCGUUGUCCUCUUCCCAGAGGCGCCUGCAGAAACAUGUUCUCGAUGUUCUUGGGGAUGCAAGCAGAGCCCUGAUGUUGGAUGAGGMAGGUAGCUGCGAGCCCGGGAUCUGGGUGCACCAUGUUCAGGGUGCUGCAAGGGGCAUUCUUCAGCACAAUCAAGGGCAUUGGGACGAGUUUCUUGCUUCGCUUCAAAUGGACAACUUCAGGGAGUUGGUGCCUGUGAGAAGCGACUCAUGGUUGCAAAAGGAACGGCGGUCAAUCGACUCAUGUGACURCUGGUGYCGUCUGGGGUGCAAACCUGAUUUUGAAGUCGAAGGUUCCCAUCYGCGGGAGGUUGCAGGUGAAAGAAGACUGGAUUUGGUUGGAGAUUGUGMCYGGGAGGAUGCAUCUGCAACUUCAGYGGAACCYCGAGCAGACUCAGUGCCGACUAUGCUGUCGGCAGUAGAAUCGCUCUUGUAUAUAGCAUUGAAGGGGAACUUGCCGUGGAACACGAUAAAAAGAACUGCAAUCCGAUACGUUCAAUGGUUGUUAUGGUCUACCCGUGAGGGGUUGCAAGACGAAGUYGAAGUCAGUUCGUGGAAAUCGUUGGGUCCUCUGGUGGACAGUAGUGUCAAUGGUGCUGCAACUGUGACAUCUGGAAACCAUAAUCGAUGGCUGAAUAAGAAUAAUGUGGAUUCRAGUGUGGGUGCUGGAAUCGGAAACUGUACGAGACGGCCAUUUAAUGGGAAACCGGAGUUCACUUCACAUGCGACGAGUUCUCCUCGAUGCAAGGAGAAGGGAUCAAAUGAUGUGGCGGCAAGUUUUUCAGAGAUUGCCCCUGUUCCUCCUGUUCCUCCUCACACCAUGGCAUCGGAGUUGUGCUUGCCUUUUUCUUCSUUAUGCGAGCACCACCUGUUGCCAUUCUAUGGUCAGGUACACGWGGCAUACGUCUUCAGGUCAUCCUCRUCAUCAUUGCUAAGACAAGGAUCAGGUUGGGAGCAAGAGGAGCAGGUAGGUGUUGUGGACAGACGUUUUCUGAAACAGAUUGUCAGUGCAUAUAGCAGACGCCUGCAAGUCCAGGAAAGACUGGGACGGCAGGUAGCACGGAGGCUUGUGUCGUUAUUUGAUCUCUUAGGGGUCAUGGUUGUCCUGGAGGCCAACCACUUGUGCAUGAUGGCCCGYGGAGUGAAGCAGGAGUUGGCCGAAUCUAUUGACUCACUUGUCACCCCGCUGGCACAUUCUGACCAAACGACACUCUGUUCGUUGGAUGUGUAUGAAACCUUCCAAGACUUGGAAACGGAGUGGUCGGCAAGGGACCCUCGUGAGUCUUGGGUGACACUCUCCAGAGGUCUUAGAGGGGAACAUUUCGUUGUGGAAGUCGGUGUAGGUGGUCGCAAGUGUGGUGCCUUCAUAGGCAUUGGCUUCACGGGAAACUUAAGUCGCGACUGCAUUGAGAGGUUGCGCCUAGGGGAUCGGGUGUGGCGCUUGGGUAGAUCUGUAACAUCUACUCUAGCCAACAAAGAGCGCAUGGUUGUGAAUGACUACGUCAAGGACAUAGUCUGCACCUUCUACUAUGGAGGUGGGGAACUAAAUCAUAAGAUUUUGUUCCUAGUUAGCGACAAAUUACCGUUUGACAUGUUGUUAGGUAUGCAGUACCUCGAGGUUGCAAAGCCCCAGUUCGAGUGGGACCGAAAGGUGCUUAAGCAUGUGAGCAUCGACAUUCUAUAAUUACUAGAAACAAAACGAAGACAAGGGUAUGUACUUUGUCUUUGUCUCUGAGAAAGGGGAGGCCAUUAAAUCACCCCCAGAG